AUGCCUUCCGCAGCGUUUCAAAAGGCCGCCGACGACAGUCGUCUGCUCAAGGCCAAGCCCAGCAAUGACGAGUUAUUGGAGCUUUACGCCCUCUUCAAGGUCGCCAAUGGCGAGGAUAUCUCCAAGGCUCCCGCUCCAGGAAUGUUCGACCUGAAGGGCAAAGCGAAGCACAAGGCCUGGCAGAAGGAGGUCGAUGCCGGUACCACCGCCGAGGCCGCUGAGGAGCGCUACAUCAAGCUCGUCGACAGUCUCAAGCUCAAGUACGGCUUUGAUCCGCACAAGGCGCCCGAGGCCGUCGGCGGGAAUUAA